AUGAAGACCAAACGAGCCAACACCGCUCAAGGCCCCUCGGAAAUCCUCUCCGACGCACCAGCAAUCACCCGCCAGGAACGCAUCGUCAUCACCCGCCUCCUCGGCGGCCGCCCGUCCUUCCACGUCAAUCCGCUCACAGAGAAAGAGAUGGCAGUCCUGAAGACCGUCGUCCCGCGCCUCAUCAAGGCGUCCAAGGACCCGCUGAUGCCGGACGCCGACAGCUUCUUUGACCGCAACUUUGAGACGCACUUCUUCAUCUUUGACGACGCGCUCCGGGUCGUCAUGCAGUUGAAGGCGUGCAACGUAACCUACUCGCAAUAA